AUGGGGGCUCUUCAGGAACUCAAGCUUCUACAAGUGCAGACAGUGCUGGAGCAACUAGACAUCUCAGGGAGGCCCAUCCAAAGGGCGGCCCCACCACCAACAGCAGACACAUGUGGCCCUUGCCCUAUCCCCAGCCUCAAGCCUACCCUCGGACCUGGCCACGAUUUGACCCUCAGGCCCCCCUUGGACUGGACAACUGGUCAGGAGGAGCAGCAGCAGAGCCGGGUGGGGCACCGGAGCAGCCUGGGCACCUCUCCUUCCUCCUCCAGCCUGGAGACAUUGGAGACUGAGAGUGAGAGCCAGCCUCUCCCUCUCCCCCGCAGAGUGUCUGGAUACACUGCCCCACAGGUGGAGUACUGUGGCCCACGUCUUAGCCAAGUGUUUCCAGAGCAGCAUCAGCAGCCGGCUCACCCAGCCCAGGUGGUGGAUCUGCCUGGCAUCCUCUACAGCUUGUCCAGGGAAGGCCCCUCGCUGGACAGCGACUACUUCCAGGACAGCAUGGACGACUCCAGCGACUGGACCUCCUCGCUCAUGAGCCGCAGCCGCAACCGGCAGCCCCUGGUCCUAGGGGACAACGUUUUCGCCGACCUGGUGGGCAACUGGCUGGACUUGCCUGAGCUGGAGAAGGAGGAGAUGAUUGGGGGUGUUUGUGUGGGGGCGGACGGAGCCGACAGGCCCGACUCCCCAGCCCACCCUCUCCGUCUCAGCCGCUCCCAGGAGAUCUGCAGGAAGUUCUCUCUGACCACCAACAUCUUCAAGAAGUUCCUGCGCAGCGUGAGGCCCGACAGGGACAAGCUCCUGAAGGAGAGGCCAGGCUGGAUGGUCCCCGAGAACCAGGAGGCCAAACUCUUCAAGAGGCCCAAGAAAGUGGCCAAGCAGCAGACCAAGGGAAGCUUCUACCUCCCGUUCUGGGCAGGUGUAGGACAGCAGCAGCAGGGUAAGGGCCGGCCAUGUCCCCAGCUGGCUGAGGAGAGACACAGCCAGAGCCAGUUCUCAGAGAUUUACAUAGACAGGAGACAAGAGUGGAGACAGGAGGCCAGAGUGGAGAAAAUGCAGCCCUUGUUUGACUACAACACGGCUGUGUGGGUCUGA